AUGGUAGAUAGAUUCAGCGAUCUCCCCAACGGAGUUGCUUAUCGCAUUCUUUCCUUCCUUACUAUAAGGGACCUCACUUGUUUCGGCAUUGCGUCCAAAAGAUGCAGAGCACUUUAUCUGUCAAUUCCGUCAUUGGAGUUACGUGAUUUCUUGCCAAAGACAACUCCCACGGGCGAGUUUAGGUUUUUCAGCCACACAACGUGUGAGUUUAGGUUGAGGUUGUUCAGUUCAUUGGAUAGGUUCUUGCUUCAGCGUGGUGAUAAUAGGAUAAACUACUUCGGUAUUUAUUGGAAUGGUCACUCUGACCUAGGCAGUGAUCGAACACCAUGCUUCUGUGUUAAUGUGCGUUCCCAAAUAAUCGAUUGGAUUCACAAUGCAGUGAGGUGUAAUGUUGAAGUUCUUUGUGUUUCGAGCAACUUAAAAGAUUUUUUGGUGGAACCGUUAGCAUUUCCUUGUGAUGUCUUUCUUUGUGCAACUUUGAGGUCUCUAUGUGUGAACAUGGAUGGUACAAUUGUUAAAACACCUUCCGUUUCUUUCUCUUCUAAUAUUGAAUAUUUAGAGUUAAUCAAUGUUGAUAUAGAAGAUGAGGGGUUUUUCAAAUGGAUCUCAUGUUCCUGCAAAUUCAUCAAGGAAUUAAUUCUAUCUGAUGUUGGUCGAGUAGAAAAUAUCAUAAUUGAAAGCUCGUCUUUGGAAAAAUUUGAAGUUUACGACCAUUUUUAUGACGGUAUUUGUACACUUAGCCAUCUUACCAUCUCAGGCAAGAAACUUGAAACCAUAGCUAUAUGGUGGAGCUUUGAUUCGCAUAGUGGCACGUCGUUAAAUAUGUAUGCUCCAAAACUUAAAUAUUUAGAAUGGAGAGGGCAUCUGACGAAUCAGGCAAACUUGGGACAGCUAGAAUGUUUAGAAAAAGCUCUUAUUUGCCUGGAGCCAAAAGCAGAUGACUCUGACAAACAGAUUAAGCAUUUUUGCGUUUUACACAGGGUUGAACAUCUUGUUUUAAAUGCAGCGACCUUCAAGGCUUUGUUCAGGGAAGGAUCCGCGCAUGCUCAAUUCGAUCAUGUUUUUAAUUUGCGAUUGAAUCUAAGGAGGUUUUCUGAUGAUAUAUUUCCUGCAGUGGUCUCACUAUUGAAAGGAUUGCAUAAUUUGUGUACUUUGUACAUAAGUUGUGUUGUCCCAAGUUUUCUGCAACCUCAACGUGAUGUAUCUGGGUUUGAUAAGGCAUACUGGAAGCUACAGAAUCUGGAUUUUGUUGAUCAGAUUAAGAAGGUUACCCUAGUGCUGGAUGGGUCUAAUAAUGGGAUUGACUUUGCACGGUAUAUACUCGAGCAUGCCAAGAACCUGGAGCAAAUGGACAUACAAUAUUUAUUGAAUCCGUCUGACGAUGCUACACAAAAGCUAAAUGAAAGUAAGAAGAUGUCCAAGGCCACAGUUAUCUUUGAGGAAGACUUUGUGGAAGACUCCGAUAAAAACUUGGAAAACUUCGAUGAAGACUUCGAGGAAGACUAA